AUGGUCAAGGGCCGCGUCCCCCGCACCAAGGACUUCACUGUGAACUUCCGCGACGACUGGGAGCCCAGCGAGAAGUGCGCCGUCCAGGCCGCGCAGGCGCGGAUCCUGCAGUGCAUGCCGCUGCUCGCACCGCUGCUGCCGGUGAAGAUGAGCAUCGAGCAGCUGAUGCCCAGCUGCGUCGUCGACAUCGCCCCCAUCAUCGUGGCCCAAUUCCUCGACGGCCGCACGGGCAUGUCGUACGGCUUCCUGGCCUACCAGCUGCCCACCGGCCCCGUCGAGAAGUGCACCAAGUGCACCGUCCUCGUGACCCGCUCCGGCUGCGACAAGACGUCCCCGCACCCCAACGACGACUGGAUCCUGCUCAGCUUUGACCCGGACAGCCUCAUGCUGGAGGUGUCGCGGUCGCUGGGUGACAUCACCUCGCCGUCGUUCGACAGCUGGCUGAUCCUGUCGCAGGCGGCGGCCAACGUGGCGCUCGCGCGGCGGUUCAAGGCGGCGGGGCGGUCGCGGCGCUACGUGGACAUGGUGGAGAACCAGGGCGUCGCCCUCUGCCACUUCCACGGCUUUGUGCGCCGCGCGGCGCUGCCAGCCAACGUGGCUUACUUUGGCCAGGACCGGCUGCCCCUGCCCUGCGGCAGCGUGGAGAGCGCGGUGCUCACGAUCCAGGAGAAGGCCGCCAUCGCCGAGAAGGUCCUGAGCUGCGACCGCGACGUCGACUAUGCAGGCGACGUCCACGUGGAGCCGGACCACGGCUGCGUUGUGUCCUGCGACUUUGAGACCCUCGAGCGCAUCGCGGGCGACUCCAAGUUUGGCCUGCGCUACUUCGAGACGUACAAGUGCGGCCCGGCCGCCAACGGCCGCUGCGGCUGCGCAGGGGCCGGGGCCGGCGCGGGCAAGGCCAAGGGCAAGGGGAAGGGCGCGUGCGGGCCCCUCGGGCUGUUCGAGGAGUGGGUGCCCGGGGCCGAGCCCGAGCCCUGA